CGCGCUCGUGCGCAGAAAGCGGAGGCUUAGUAUAUUGGACUGCAGUAUAUUUUGGCGAACACACAGGAGGAGGGUAAACUACACUACUACACCAAGGAAACCAACCGAUGUGAAAACGCAGUAGGAGGGUAAACUACCCUACUACACCAGCUCACCUGUGCUCCGAGUUCUCAGGCAUUUUGACUAGACGCCUGACAUCUAGCCAUAUAUUUAUACUGGACGCCUCGCCAAGUUUACGCGGAUUGCAAAGUGGUUGCAAAUCCGUGGGAAAAAGCGAGAUGGUUUCGUUUUUCUGGAUGUGACCGGACUGGAUAUUCUUGCGAACGGAGGAACUUCCCCCUUGUUUUGUCCGGAGUGUGAGUGCCCGCGCAUCGGGAUGGAGCGCUACCUGUUGGGGAUAUACCUGUUCCUCGCGCUCGCCAGUAUGCAGAGAUCGAGUUGCACCACAGCCAAGGAUCUGACGUGCCAGGAGAUCUCCGUGCCUCUGUGCAAAGGAAUCGGCUACAACUACACCUACAUGCCCAAUCAGUUUAACCACGACACGCAGGACGAGGCUGGCUUGGAGGUGCACCAGUUCUGGCCACUUGUGGAAAUCCAAUGUUCCCCGGACCUGAAGUUCUUCCUCUGUAGUAUGUACACUCCCAUCUGCCUGGAGGACUACAAGAAGCCACUGCCACCGUGCCGGAGCGUGUGCGAGCGGGCGCGGGCGGGCUGCGCGCCCCUGAUGCGGCAGUACGGCUUCCCCUGGCCGGACCGGAUGCGCUGUGACCUGCUGCCAGUUCAGGGCGGCUCGGACACGCUCUGCAUGGACUAUAACAGGACCGAUUUAACCACCGCCUCGCCGGUCUUACCGAAGCCUACGCACUAUCCAGCUAAACCCUUUAACCCUAAUAAAAACAAGAACGGACACAGACCCGGUAACAGACCCAAGCCCCCGGUGACAGUCUGCGAGCCGGGCUGUCUGUGCCGUUCGCCCAUGGUGCAGGUAAACAGUGACCGGCACCCGCUUUAUAACCGGGUGAAGACGGGUCAGAUCGCCAACUGUGCCAUGCCGUGCCAUAACCCAUAUUUCACCCAGGACGAAAGGACGUUUACUGCAUUCUGGAUAGGACUGUGGUCCGUGUUAUGUUUCGUCUCUACUUUCGCCACUGUAGCAACUUUCCUAAUCGACAUGGAGAGAUUCAAGUACCCGGAGAGGCCAAUUAUUUUUCUUUCUGCUUGCUACAUGUUCGUGUCGGUGGGUUAUAUCGUGAGGCUAAUCGCCGGACACGAGAAGGUGGCGUGUAGCCGGGAGUAUGACGUGGAGCACAUCCACUACGAGACCACCGGCCCCGCGCUUUGCACGAUUGUGUUCCUCCUGGUGUAUUUUUUCGGCAUGGCCAGCUCGAUCUGGUGGGUCAUCUUGUCCCUCACCUGGUUCUUGGCCGCUGGGAUGAAAUGGGGAAACGAGGCCAUUGCGAGUUAUUCACAAUAUUUUCACUUGGCUGCCUGGCUGAUCCCGAGCAUGAAAUCCAUCGCCGUUUUGGCCUUGAGUUCAGUGGACGGCGACACCGUGGCAGGGAUAUGCUAUGUGGGCAAUCAGAGUUUGGACAAUCUGAGAGGAUUCGUGCUGGCGCCCUUGGUCAUAUAUUUGUUUAUUGGCACGAUGUUCCUUUUAGCUGGAUUCGUGUCGUUGUUCAGGAUUCGUAGCGUAAUUAAACAAGGGGGCACAAAAACUGACAAGCUGGAGAAACUGAUGAUCAGGAUCGGGAUCUUCACAGUCCUGUAUACUGUACCUGCAACCAUUAUCGUUGCGUGUUAUUUUUAUGAGCAGCACAACAGACAGAGCUGGGAAAUGACCCACAACUGCUCCUGUUUGUUGGAGCGAGACCUUCCCAAACCGGACUACGCGGUGUUCAUGCUGAAGUACUUCAUGUGUCUGCUCGUGGGCAUCACCUCGGGCGCGUGGGUCUGGUCCGGGAAGACGCUCGAGUCCUGGAGGACCUUCUGCACGCGCUGCUGCUGGGGAAGCAAAGCCACGAGCGGGUCCAUGUACAGUGACGUCAGCACGGGGCUGACCUGGAGGUCGGGCACGGGCAGCUCGGUGUCCUGCCCAAAACAAAUGCCCCUGUCCCGCGUCUGAACGGGAGAGCUGACCGCUUAUUGUGCCCAGAUUGUCUUAUCAGUGUCUUCUUCUAUAAUUGCCUAAGUGUUCCUACUGGACAGGAACGCUGACGCCGAUGAAGAGCGUGCAGUUAACACGCUUUAGAUUAUGACAUGACAUGAUUUAACACAGGAAAGUUAGAUUUCUUUUUUGAACCGAAAACGUUUUUCAACCUAAGCAUAGUGGUGGUAAGACUGAUAGUAUAAGUAAGCCUUAAUGACGUAUACGGGUUUUUAAAAUUGGGGGAAAAGUAUUUAUAUAAAUGUGUACAAACUUGUAAAUUGUUUAUAUAAAUUUUUAUACGAUUGUAAAUUUGUGUACAAAUGAUUUGUGAUAGAAAAUAUUUUUAUUUUGACAAUAAAAUACAUUUUGGUAAAUGUA